AUGUCGACCCCUUCGACAGCUACCGCAACCCAUCCAUCGCAUUAUGGAUAUUCCCAUCAUCAGGUUGCCUACCAGACCAACGGUGCUUACCCGCAGACCUCGUCGUCCGCUGGCUCUGCUCGUAUAGCCAACAAUUACGCCUACGCCGCCAACACGCCGACCUCGGUGUCUACACAACCCCAUCCUCUCCCGUCUGCGUCGAAAACCGCCCCCUCCUCGUCGACCUCCAAUCUGCCUCCCUAUAAUCCGACCUCGAGCAGCGGUUCCAUGUCGUCUGGCCCGUCCGGGCGGCGGCGGAAGCAGCCCGAUUGGGGCGAGUUCUACAAAAAUGGCUUGCCCAAGGAGGUCAUUGUCAUUGACGACACCCCUCCGCCAGAGCAACAGCAGACGGCGUCUCACAGCAAUGCUCCCUCUUCCACGGUGACGGCCACGAACAACGGAACAGUCGCCCAGCCGGCUGAGAAGAAGAGGAGGACGGGCGUGGAGACGGCGUACGAUGUGGGAUAUUACGACCGUCCUUCGUACUCGAUGAACCCUCAGCCGUACGGUGACAGUUCCUCCGGAGGAUCCCUCUCGACCGACCGAACCACAUCCUUACACACCACUGCUCCCACGUCUAUGGGAUCCAAUGGUAGCACUGGGACGAGCAAUGGGGCGUACUACGAAGAUGCCAAUGUUGGUCAAAAACGGAAGCGUGUCACCACCCGUAAGUCGGCUCGAGAUGAGCAGAAACGUCGGGAACUGGAGUCGGCUCCAGAUGCGUUUUUGAACUACAUCCCUCCUCCCCAACCCCCGAUCAAGGCCAAGGAUGUGCCAGUCCCGGUCAUCCGUGAUAAUUCGGACACGAAAAAUCAAAAGAUCGACGAUGAGGAUGGCCACUACAUUGUGACUCCAGAUACACCCUUGACUGACCGAUACCAGAUCAUCAGAUUGCUUGGCCAAGGCACGUUCGGCAAGGUAGUGGAAGCGUAUGAUCGACAACGCAAAACCCGGUGUGCAGUCAAGAUCAUCCGCUCCGUCCAGAAAUAUCGAGAUGCUUCCAAGAUCGAACUACGAGUGCUGUCGACUUUGGCUUCCAACGAUCGGCAGAAUCGGAACAGGUGUAUCCACUUGCGAGACUGCUUUGAUUUCCGGAAUCAUAUCUGCAUUGUCACCGAUCUGCUGGGACAGAGCGUUUUCGACUUUCUCAAGGCCAACGGUUUUGUGCCAUUCCCAAGCAGUCAGAUUCAGAGUUUUGCUCGCCAGCUGUUUACCAGUGUAGCUUUCUUACACGAUCUCAACCUCAUCCACACUGAUCUGAAGCCGGAGAACAUUCUUCUGGUGAACAAUGCCUAUCAGACGUUCACCUACAACCGCACCAUCCCUUCGUCUUCCCACACAACGUGCCGGAACGCGCGUCAACGCCGCGUUCUUCUUGACAGUGAGAUUCGACUGAUCGAUUUCGGUUCGGCCACCUUUGACGAUGAGUAUCAUUCCUCCGUCGUCUCGACGCGUCACUACCGGGCUCCUGAGAUUAUCCUGAAUCUGGGUUGGAGUUUCCCUUGUGACAUUUGGAGUAUUGGCUGCAUCCUGGUGGAAUUUUUCACGGGAGACGCCCUGUUCCAGACGCAUGACAACCUCGAACAUCUGGCGAUGAUGGAGAGUGUAUGCGGAAGCAAGAUCGAUGCGAAGCUUGUCAAGCAGGUGGUAAGCGGCCGAGGCAGCAAUCAAAAUGCGGCAGCCAAGUACUUCAACAGAAACAAGCUCGACUAUCCGAACGAAGAGACGUCACGAGCGUCCCGCAAAUACGUGAAGGCGAUGAAACAGCUUCAUGAAUUCAUUCCAUCCAACAACAGUUUCAACCGACAGUUCCUGGACCUGCUUAAGAAGAUCUUUGUCUAUGAUCCGAAGAAUCGUAUCACCGCCAAGGAGGCCCUCAAGCACCCUUGGUUUAAGGAGACCAUCAUCGACGAUGGCACUGAGGCUGCUCGGAUUGGUCAGCAGCUGCGCGCUCAACAGCAGCAGCAGCAGCAGCAGCAACGAGGAGGCUAA